UUGGCUACUCUCCUUUUAGGUAACCAAUGCCAGAGACCCCCCUGCCCCCAAGACCCCCAGGCCUUGGCAGAGAGGCCUGCGGAAGUUGCUCUCCUCCUCUUGGAGGAUGUGUGCGGCUCUCAUGGCCCGCUCACUCCCACUUGACUCUUCCCAGGUAUUCCCAGGCUCUCGGAGUUUGAUCUGCUCUCAGAUCUCCUCUAGGAGAGGAGCCGUGUCUUGAUAUCCCAAGGAAGAGCCCCCUGGCCUGGCAUCUCCAGGCUGUGCAACCUUGAGCCACUCACUCUCCUGCCCUGAGCCUCAGUUUUCUCCAUCAAGUGGGACCCAAGGAGUGGCUAUGAGACCCUGGGUACCUCCCAGUUCGGUUGGGCUUUGGAGUCUGUCAAGCAGACCACAGUUUCACCUCACUUCUGCUCUUUCUAGCUGUGUUCCUUCUGGCCAGUGCCUUAAGCUUCUGAGCCUCACUUUUCCCUUCUGGACUAGGAAGCCAUAAAUCUUUCCUCAUAAGAUAGGCAGUGUGGCAUUUAGGAUUAAGAACACAUUCUGGUUCCAGGAUGACUGAUUCAGGUCCCAGCCCUCCGUCUCGGUCAAGACAUUGACCCUGGUCAAUGAGUCUCCCCAGGUCUCAGUUUGCAGUUGUAAAGUGGGAUGAUCAUAGCUCCACCUUCAUAGGGGUGGUGAGAGGGUGGGAUGAGACUGGAUUACACUCAGGUCCCUGCCUGGGAGGUGUGGUAUAAACUUGCUCCAGGGUCUGUCAGGACUGGCAGUGGUUGCGUUCUCACUGCAUGUGGCUGCCAGCAAGGGCUUUGUACUCCGUGAGCUUUGACUGUCUUGUUUGUGAGGUAACAGUUCCCACCUUUGUGGGUAGGUAGGAGGGGUCAUGACUGGUGCAGAGUCCCUGCACGGAGCAAGUGCUCAGCAAACUCUGGCCUCUCUCAUCCUGAGUCACAAAGAGGAUGUGAAUUGAAAUCUAACUUGUACGACCCUGGAGGGCUAGAUCACAGCCCAGCUCGAAUCCCUCCGAUGAUGAGGAGCCUGCUGCCUCUUUGGGGAGGCUCCUCAGCUGCCCAGCAGCCCUGGCUCAACCACUGGUUUACUGGGAGAAGACAGUGAGGCACAGAGAAGGCCACUCAGUGGUCCAAGGUCACACAGCAGUCAGGGUGGGAAGUCAGGCUCCUGGUCCCUUGUUCUUCUCCCCUUGUAAAGAGAUGCAUCAAAGCAGGUCAUCUACUUAGGGGCGCGGAUGGCGUCGGGGCGGCCCGAGGAGCUGUGGGAGGCCGUGGUGGGGGCCGCCGAGCGCUUCCGGGCCCGGACGGGCACGGAGCUGGUGCUGCUGACGGCCGCACCACCCCCGCCACCCCGCCCGGGCCCCUGUGCCUACGCGGCCCACGGCCGAGGGGCCUUGGCUGAGGCCGCUCGCCGUUGCCUCCACGACAUCGCCCUGGCCCACCGGGCGGCCGCCGCGGCCCGCCCCCCUGUGCCCCCGCCAGCACCGCAGCCGCCCAGCCCCGCACGAAGCCCACCCCGGCCUGCCCUUGCCAGAGAGGAAGAUGACGAGGACGAGGAUGAACCCACAGAGACGGAGACCUCUGGGGAGCGACAGGGCAUCAGCGAUAAUGGAGGACUGUUUGUGAUGGACGAGGACACCACGCCGCAGGCCCUUCCCCCCUUCUGUGAGUCAGACCCAGAGAGCACGGAUGAUGGCAGCCUGAGCGAGGAGACUCCCGCUGGCCCCCCCACCUACGCGGUGCCCCCAGCCUCAGCCCUGCCGGCACAGCAGUACGCCAAGUCCCUGCCUGUGUCGGUGCCCGUCUGGGCCUUCAAGGAGAAGAGGACGGAAGCUCGCUCGUCCGAUGAGGAGAACGGGCCGCCCUCCUCGCCGGACCUGGACCGUAUCGCGGCGAGCAUGCGAGCACUGGUGCUGCGGGAGGCCGAGGACACUCAGGUCUUCGGGGACCUGCCGCGGCCACGGCUCAACACCAGCGACUUCCAGAAGCUGAAGCAGAAAUAUUGAGGCCCAAGGAGCUUCCCGGCCCGGCGUCCGUCCCACCCCUACACUACACCCCUGCCCCGCCCCCGGGGCCCGCCAAUCCGAGUCAGAUCUGGGACCGGCCUCCUACGCCCCGGGCCACCAGGAUUGACCAGUCCCUGCAGAUUUCCCGCCACCCUUCCAGCCCACGACAACUCCCGCGCCGCCGAGCAGGGCCUAUCCAAUAUCCAGAUUGGGUCUGUCUGCUCUCUGCCCAGUGACAGAUUUCUUUCUAGUAAGGAAUUGGCUCGCUCCGCGACCGGGGCGUGGCUAAUUCGCGAGGCGUUGGCUCCAUUCCCGAAAGAGUCAAGCUCCAGAAUUGGGUAAUCGUUCUCCACUUCAGCAUAGCGAAUGGACAGCUCCUUCAUUUGAUUGACUUGAACACUGUAAAGGGCUUGACCAAUCUCCGGAGAGACUCAUCCACCUUUCUUGAGUUCCCCCAUUUGAUUGGCUCUAGCUUCCUGGGGGCGUAGCCAACUCCUCCUGUACCCAGGAUUGGCCUGUGGCGUUACAUUUACGUUCUUUACACUACUGGGGCUGGGGUUGAUUUUCGCCGAAGUCCCGACAAUUGUCCCUCUGGCCCCCUCAGGGAUGGCCUGAUCCGGUUCUUGCGUCUGACACCCUCUCAUUGGUUACAUCCCACAACUGCCUGCCAAUCAAACCCGUCUUUGCAUCCAGGACGUUACCAGCUCCCGCCCCUCUCCCCCCACCCCCACAGGUGCCUUAAAGGGCCCUCGUCCACCCAAGGUGGGGGGCAGGGGGCCUCACUCUCCGGCCCUGGUUUGGGGGAGAGAGUCGGGGGUGGGGAUCGGGAGUUGGGAGGGGCGCUCUGAGAUUAAAGAGUUUUACCUCUGACAAAUGAA